AUGGGAAUGUUCUCAUGGACAAGUAUCACCUUUGUUUCUUUGCAUCUCCUCUUCACUUCCAAUGUGUCUGCUACUUCCACACAAUUAUCCUCCAACCCAACACAAGAUGAUAUUGGUCUAUGUAACACGGUGUUCUGUGGGAAAGGAACAUGCCAUCCUUCCACUGAUUUUAUUGGUUACAGAUGCGAUUGUGACUCUGGUUGGAAGAAGUUUAAUAUUGGUCCUUUAGAAUUACCUCCAUGCAUUAUUCCUAACUGUACUUUCGAUUAUAAUUGUGGUGAUGGAUCAGUGCCACCCCCUCAAGUUCCACCUCCAAAUGUGUCUGACCCUUGUUCGUUGAGUUUAUGUGGGGAUGGAACCUGUGUCAGAAAUGGCUCUGACUUUACGUGUCAAUGCAAUGAAGGGUCCGCCAAUCUACUUAAUGAUCCAAAGAUGAUUUGCUUUAAGAAAUGCACUUUAGGACCAGAUUGUGAUGGUCUUGAUCUUGGGCUCACCCCACCUUCAACACAAGGUUCAGGGUCAAGCUCCCCCAAAACUGGUAACUGCCUUUAA